AUGGGAAUUGCUCCCUUUGGUGGCUGUAGGGCCAGGCAGAGCAUGGCUUUCUUGGCUGUGCCACUUACAAGGACAACACCGCGUCUCCCAUCCUACCAGUUCCCCUUGUGGAGAAUGCCCCGCUUGCAGCUCAUCCCCUCCCACCCAGUUCCCAGCUGGGGGCAGGGGCAUCUUCCUGGGAAGGGGAUAUUUUGGCCUCAGUGGCUUGUAGUGCUGCCUGGUGACAUGCUUGGUCUGGGAGAGAGAUGCUCCAGCACGUUGCUGGGCCAGUGGGGGCCAUCGACCAAGGAUUUGGCAGGAUGAGAGGCAGAAGGGGAAAGGAAAAAGCCACAAGUCAGAUGGGGGAAGUGGCCAAGGGGGAAACAAUGUGGCUCUGACAGUUAUUGCUGUUACUGUGAGCUGUGGCAGGAGGUCCUGCCAACCCACAGGAAGGUGUGAGGCGUUUGCAGAAGGGAAAUGAGGACACAGCCGUUGCCUCAGGAGCAGCUGCACAACCCGGGAGAGCCCAGGGAGGAGCAGAACGCCGUGGGACAGCCAGGGGUGUUAAGGGAGAGACACCACAAAGCACCAUGAACCUGCUCCUGGGCGCUGUGCUGCUUCUUCUGGUGCUGCCUGGUGAGUGAGGGCAAGACAGGCACUCCUGGAGGGGUAGGUUUUCCCAUGGGAAAACGUUGACCUAAAGACCAUGGCAGGGUUUCACUUCAAAACGUGGCCAAGCCAGAAGGGAUCAUCCCCUCCUGGCAUGUGCAGAGGUGAACGGACUUGGGGAGGGCAGUUCCUGCUGGGGGCUAUUUUAAAACCUUGGAGAAGCAGCCCAGGGUCACUUCAGAGAGCCACCCUGUGGGGCUGGACAUGGUGGCUUUGCCUUCACCAGCUCUGAUGGCUGCGCAGUUGCUUUUUGAAGGCCAUGUAACAGUAGGACUGCUCCUUUUGAACCUGGCAGCUGCCGGAUUCUCCUGCCUCCCCUUUCCCCUGUGGACAGGGGGAGGGCUGAUCCUACAUCUUGGGGUUUUCUAUUUCCCCAUAUGCUCUUCCAGACUCUGCCAGGGGACGGGAGAUCUGUGCCGGUGAGUGCUCCCCCCAUCCCUGCCCUCACCCCCGGUGCUCACCCAGUGCCGUGGCACCCAGUGGUCAGCCUGCUGCCCUCCUCCCCAGCCCUGGAGCGAGGUGACAGUCACCACUGGUGCUGCAACAUGACGGUGGGGUUGAAGGAGAUGAGCGGCGGGACCCCCAGCCUCGACUUGCCCCAGCGCUGCCCGGAGCUGAGGCACGACGGCAGCUCUGCUUGUGCCUGUCUGCGGGAGCGCUGGCUCAGGCUGCUGCAGUCGGUGGGGCCAGCACUGCGUAGUGGGCUGGCUGGGUUGAAAGUGCUGCUCCUGAACAUCAGCAGGGCUGUCACCCAUGAUGUCCUCAUCGCUUUUUCCCCCAUGGAGAGUCCCAUGUUGCUGAAUAUGACCGAGAAGGGAAAAACAGGCAAAAUUCAGCUGCCCAAGGAAAUAUUCCACUCCCUGAGCAGCUGGACAGCACGCGUGGUGGUGAUGGUUCUCAACAUCCAGCAGCUUGGCAUGUUUGAGGAGGUCAACCAGAUGGGACAGGUCCUGGAUAACACUGUGGUGGGCAUCACAGUGGGAGAGAAGAGCAUUUCCGGGCUGCGAGACCCCAUGAAGCUCACCUUUGCCCACAGGCAGCUGCCCUAUGGCAUCACCCCGCAGUGUGUCUUCUGGGAUCCCAGCAAAGGGCAGGCAGGAGGCUGGAGCAGCAGUGGAUGUCUCACACAGCCUCGGGACAAUGGGACAGUCUGCUCCUGCAACCAUCUCACCUUCUUCACCCUUCUCCUGCAGAACCCAACUCUGGACAAGUCCACGGCACAAGCCUUGAUGACUGUUGCCACUGCUGGCUGUGCUGUAGCCAUGGCUUUCUCCAUUUUCACCAUUGCCUUCUGCAUCUUCUUAAGGUGCAGGUUCAGGUCUGAGGAGACCCUUCGCACCAACCUGGGCCUGCACAUGAACCUCGUAAGCAGCCUGUUCCUCCUCAAUCUGGCCUUCCUGCUCAACAGUGGAAUCUCUGGUGGGACCCAGCCAGGAACCUGCAAGGUCCUGGGGGGGCUCACCCACUAUUGCCUGCUCUGCUGCUUCACCUGGAUGGCACUGGAGGGCUGUCACCUCUACCUCCUCUUUGUCAAGGUCCUCGGCACCUACAUCCACCACUACUUGAUGAAGUUGUGCCUGGUCGGCUGGGGCUUCCCUGCUUUCAUAGUCGGGGUGGCAGGAGUCAUCGGCAGCUACGGAGAAUACAGUAUCCAGACUGCGGACCAGCAGGUCAUAGCCCGCCUGUGCGUGCACCACCACCCACAGGGCUUAGGUGGCCCUUAUAGCAAGGGGAGCGGUAACCCAUUGCUGCUGGGGUCACAGCAGCAGGGGGUGUGUCCAUCUGGCUUGGAUUUAUGCUGCUGUUCCACUUCCCUAAUUAUGAUUACAACACAGCAGCUUUCUACAGCUGUGGUAACCACCACCUCCACCUCUCCUGCCAAGCCUACGUGGUCAUGCCCACAGGACUCCAGGUCAUGGAGGGACAUUCAAGCUCCAUCUGGAGCUUCCCCAGGCUCCCUCCCAGCUGAACAAUAUGAGGGCAGUAGGUCUACACUGCUGUCCCCCCCUGCUUCACUCUUGCCUUGGAAAACAGCACAAGGGUGUCCCUGCAUCCCUAAGCACUUUUCCCUGGGGAGGCUCACAAGGUUGCUGCUGGGGCUAGCAGAGGCACUGGAGACACCGUGGUUGCCUUUUUUCAGGUGCUGGAUCACUUCCAAAUAUAUCCUGGUCCACUACAUCACCAACUGCAGCUACUUCAGCCUCAUUUUCCUCUUCAACAUGGCUGUCUUUGGGGUGGUGACCCAGAAGAGCUGCUUCCUGCAAGGCACAGGAGUCGUGCAGGGGGACCACAAGGCCUGGAAGACGGCCAUGGUGGCAAUGGGGCUCUUCUCCCUGCUGGGAGCCACCUGGGCUCUGGCAUUCCUCACCUAUGGCACCUCCUCGGCAUCUGUGCUCUACCUCUUCACCAUCUUCAACUCUCUCCAAGGAAUCUUCAUAUUCAUCUGGCUGGUCGCCCUCUACUACCCCAAGACAAAGGAGACCACUAGCUUCCUCUCCCACAUCAUCAAACAUGAAAAAACCACCACAGUUUCCCAGGACUAGCCGUGGCUAGACCUCCCUCCUUGCCUGUGUGUGCACCUGCUGUGAGCAAGUUUCGGUCCUGAUGGAUGCAGCUUCCUGACAGAGGAUGAGGAAUUAGUUUACCGUGCCUCAGUUUACCCUUCAGAUGGCAUGAUCCACCUUAGCAGGGUUCUUUGCUUCAGCCGUUUCUUUCCUUGUGGCCUACCUUGGGGAUGGAGCUUUGGAGACUUUCCUUGUGCCAAAAUCCCUCCAGGCUGCAGCUUCCCCAUGGUCUCGAAAUGCCCUGAUCUCAUUCCCCAGAGGCUCUUGUUGUGUUGAGGAGGGAGCCCAUGAAUUGCCCGCCUUCAAGGUGGAGCCGUCCUCCUCUUCACUUGGGAUGGGCUUUGGUGCUGGACCAGCCCAGUGGUGAAUUUUCCUGCUGUAGGAGACAAGAAGAUUGACUUGCUCCAGCCCAGGCUCAGGAGGUUCAGGUCUGGGUUUUAGCGAACAGGGAGAAAUCCCAUGACCUUCUUUGCAAUACAACCUCUCCAAAUGGAUCCGGGCUGAGCUGUUUGGGCAGUGAUCUGCUCUACAUCCCUCCUGCAAAGCACCCUCUGGGGCCAGCAGCAAUUUCUGUGAGGACACUGCGCUUCAGCCCAACGUGCACACACAGCUGCCUCGAAGGGAAAACACUCAUCUUUUCCCUACCUGUGUUUUCGUAUUAAAUCUCUACCAUCUGUCUGAGCGCUAUGGGAUUUGUCUUUGAUGUUUACAAUAUUGUUCAUUAUUCGCUUUAUAUUAAGGA